GGCAGGCGGGCGGGAAGGUGGGGCGUCCCUGUUGGAGCCGCGGGCAGCGUCGCCAUGGCGCAGGAGCUGAGUGGCCUGACGGACGAGCAGGCUUAUGCCGCCUGUUCGGAGCCAGACCCCGAUACCAAGGAUUUUAUAAUGCAACAGACAAUGCUGAGAGUGAAGGAUCCAAAAAAAUCUCUGGAUUUUUAUACCAGAAUCAUCGGAAUGACGCUGCUGCAGAAAUUUGACUUUCCCUCGAUGAAGUUCACACUCUACUUUCUGGGCUUCGAGGACAAAAAGGAAAUCCCAGGAGAGAAGAACGAGCACACGGCCUGGACCUUCUCCAGGAGGGCUACCAUUGAGCUGACGCACAACUGGGGCACUGAAGUUGAUGAAAACCAGGCCUACCACAAUGGCAAUUCUGACCCCAGAGGAUUUGGUCACCUGGGCAUUGCUGUCCCCGAUGUGUACGCAGCAUGCAAGCGGUUUGAGGAACUGGGAGUAAAGUUUGUGAAGAAGGUGGAUGGUGGUAAAAUGAAGGGGCUCGCUUUCAUCCAGGAUCCAGAUGGUUAUUGGAUAGAGAUUCUCAGCCCAAACCAAAUGCUUACCAUAGUCCCUUAGGUGUGAAGUGUGGAGCAUGACACUCCACAACAAUUUGGAUACUUGAAUACAGAGCAGUCAUCAUUGAACCUAUGCAGCAGUGUUUUACCAUGAAAUGAAAUAUAAUUGCACUGUUAUGGAAUUUGGGCAAAUACAAGUUUUUGUGAAGUGGGAUUUUUUUAAGCUCAUCUCUGGGCAGUCACUACCAGCUUCUUGGUAAAUUAUAAAUUCAUUAAUUGCCAAGGAAGUUUGCAGCUUGAAUAUUCUGCAGCUACGAAAUCUCCAAGAACUGACUAUGAAGCCUUGACUAAUCCAGGUGUACAGUGAAGAACAGGUCCUAAUUUCUCAGUGAUUUCUUAUAUUUGCAUAGAUUCCCUCUUGCAAUUUUCAGCAAAGGGGGUGGGGGAAAGGAAGUUGAACUCUUUCGCAGCAUAUAAAAUAUGAUUAGAAGUUUGUUUUAAGAUUUUAAAUCCACAUUUCUACUUCUGUUGAAGUACUUUCAAAUUGUAGUGUCAAAUGUAAAUUAAAUGCCAAAAGGGUUGGAGAAAAUCACCCUCUGUAAUCACAAUUAGUGAUUUUUUUUAUUCCAAUUUGUUGGGAAACCUUGAAGUGGAUUGUGGCUUAGUGAAAAUUUGUUGUCACUUAGUGGAGAUAAUCUGAGAGCCACUGCUGUUUAAAAUUGCAAACGAGUUCAGUUGAAAUUUUCUUCCCUUCUUCCAGCCUUAAAACAUCUAUGAUAGUGGGGAAUUCUGAUCCCAGUAUUGUAGAUUAUAAUCUGUCACCACUGCCCAGGGAUCUGAGUAAAACAUACCCAGGCUGCUCGCUUAUUAAAGGUAUUUGGGAAGAUUCCCUUUGUGUUUUGAUGAACGUCAGUGGGCCAGGCACACUGUUGGCAACAGUCUUGCCUGCAAAUUUGUAGAUUAACUGAGUCUUAAUUUCUGUUAAAUAGCAAUUAUUAUCAUGCAGAGCCUAAUCUGUAAUAAAUAUUUACUUCAGUGUUCA